AUGAGAGUGAGGAGGAAAGCCGUGGGCAACCGAAGAGGAAGGCUAGUGGAGUUUCAAUUAGUUCGUCANGAGAAAAAUGGGGCAGAGGUAUUGGUGGGUGAGGAGUUUUUAGUGGAAGAAUAUGAGAGUGAGGAGGAAGGCCGUGGGCAACCGAAGAGGAAGGCUGGUGGAGUUUCAAUUAGUUCGUCGAGUGAUGAGAAAGAGGAUGAAGAUAGACUCGAUGAUGAGGAGGAAGAGGCACAUUUAAAGAUUUAUUUUUGUAGCCGGACCCAUUCACAGCUAUCUCAGUUCAUAAAGGAGUUAAGGAAGACUUCACUUGCUAGUGAAUUGAAGGUUGUUUUGUUGGGCUCCAGGAAAAUGUUCUGCGUCAAUGAAGGGGUCUUGUUUUCAGAGGUGUUGAAACUUGGGAACUCCACUCGCAUAAAUGAGCAAUGUUUGGAGCUUCAAAAGAAUAAGAAAAGUGAAGUUUCUAAAAUGAAGGUGUUGAAGCUUGGGAACUCCACUCGCAUAAAUGAGCGAUGUUUGGAGCUUCAAAAGAAUAAGAAAAGUGGAGUUUCUAAAAUGAAGGACUUGGGAGCUGGAGGAAGAAUACGGCGGACCAAGGCUUCCACUGGUUGUCCGAUGCUUAGAAAACAUAAACUACAGAGACAGUUUAGGAGUGAAAUCUCUCAACAAGAGCCUCUGGAUAUUGAAGAUCUUGUACAUCUUGGAAGAAGGAUUGAAACGUGCCCUUAUUAUGGCUCUAGAAGCAUGGUUCCCACAGCUGAUCUUGUGGUUCUUCCCUAUCAAUCUCUCCUUUCAAAAUCAUCUCGUGAAUCACUUGGUUUAGAUUUAAAGAAUAAUAUUAUUAUUAUAGAUGAGGCUCACAAUCUAGCUGACUCUCUCAUCAGCCUGUAUGACUCAAAAAUUACUUCUUCACAGGUCCUAGUCUUGUCUUCUCCAGGUAGAGCGAUCCGACAUGUGAAUGAUUAUGCGGCCAUCCUGUUGGUUGAUGCACGCUAUGCAUCAGAUUCCUCAAAAGGAAGCUUUUCUCAACCAACGAACAAGCUACCAAAGUGGAUUCAAAGCCGUCUUAUUUCUAAAACAGGUAACUAUGGAGAAGUCCACAGGUUACUGCAUCAGUUCUUCAAAUUCAACAAAAAUAGAGGGGUUCAGUAG